GGUGGAAUCUGUUCUGAUACGUGCUCGGGCAAGGACCGGGCUCGAAUGGAAUCUAUUUUUUUCCCCCUACCGCCAACACUUGAGAGGCUGCACACCGGGGUAUUCUUUGGGAAUGUCUGAGUUAAAUGUCACGAUGGAGGCGACCAGUCACCCCACAAAGAUCCUGGAGAAGGGUCCCGAGUACCUUCGAAAGCAAAUGGAGCUGGAGGGGGAGACCAGAGGACACAUGAGCGCAGUGGAGAGGUUGGCUGCGAGCAAACCCAAGUAUGUGAAGAGCCAGCAGGUGGUCAACUCCAUCCAGGAGCCUGCGAUCAGUCUGGGGUCAGCUUCGGUGAGCAGCACGGGGUCGUCCACCCGGAGCUCGAACCGAGAAAGGAAUGUUCUCGCAGCGGGUGGUGGUGGGAAAAGUUGCUCACCGGGGCAGGUAGGGCGCACCAGCUCCAAAAAGCGCCCGGACUCUCUUCUGCUCUACCGGCAGAAAUGUGAGCUCCUGGGGGGUGCAGCAAAAGACAGGAAACACCAUAUAACACGUAAGCGGCUGGCGAACAACACUGUGAACAAAAAUGCCCCGUUACUUAAGGAGUGUGAGUCUGAGGGAGAUAAGCAAUCGGGCGCCGCCACACCUGAGGACCGCGGCGCGCAGGGAGCGCAGCCGUGGAGGAGGAGGGGGGUCGAGUCUGGGACAAAGGUGACAGCGGCUCUCCUCACUGUCCCCGAGGGCGAGAGGAGGUCCGGCAGGGGCGUGGGUCGCUCCCACUCGGACAUCAGCUCCAGGUACUCCAAGAACUUCGCAGACUUCGACGCUUUCUUCAUGUACUGCGGGCUGGACGGCGAGAUCAUCGAGUCCCUGGGGCGGGAGAACUUCUCCGCGCGCUCGGAGGAGAUCGCGAUCAAAUUCCGCAGCGUGAGCGUGUCCACGACGGAGGGGGGCUUCUCCAAGAGCAGCGGGGACAGCGACGGGCUGCUGCAGGUGGAGCUGCAAGACAACAUACGCCAGGGGACGUCGGUGAUCGAGCGCAAUGCACGGAUUAUCAAGUGGCUGUACAGCUGCAAAAACGCCAAAGACACUGGGAAGAAGUUACGAGACCUUAACUGAAUGUUGUUUCCUUCCUGCAGUGGCAUAUGCACGUCUACCUGUGCAUAUAAAACCCUUAAAUGUGUGUGUUGGUGUGUGUGUGUGUGUGUGUGUGUGUGUGUGUGUGUGUGUGUGUGUGUGUGUGUGUGUGUGUGUGUGUGUGUGUGUGUGUGUGUAUGAAAACUAACCAACUAACAUUCUAUAUCUUGAAAGUGUUUCUUUACUUGUCAUUUAGAUUGUAAACCAGGUGCAUUAUUCUCAGUCAGAGGGCGGUUCUGUGUCAAAGGUCAAGACUUUGUGCUGGAGUCAAAAAUGAAACCAAGAUCAAAAUGUUGAUUUUAUCACGAUAAUUAUCAUAUUUUUAUCAGAAGUUCAUGAGCGGCAUUGGUGGAUUUAAACUCUUCUUUGUGAGCGGAGGAUAACGAACAUGAUAAACAUUAUACACAUCUGAGGUUGAUCAAGUAUGUGUUAUUAUGCCUCAUCACUGUGUUUGCACAAUGCAUAAGCAUUAUGUUAAUAUUUAUUGGACUUUUGUUAUGUUGCUAUUGAUGAAAAUUAUAUUGGCAUGAUAAUCAAUACGAUUUUAUCGCCCAGCCCUAUUCAUGCAUAUGUGCCCGCAUUAGCACACACAAACACACACACACACACACUCACACACACACACACACACACACACACCAUGGCAUUCAAAUUCAGAUUAGUUUAACAAUUUCUUUGAUACCAACAUCAAAAUUGGUAAACUAACUCUCACAAUGGGAUUUGUCACAAUAUGCCAAUCCAAAAACAUUAUAGCAAUGCCUUAUACCUGAUCUGUAAAGAAUUACUUUCGUCACUAAGUAUUUUGUUAUUUGUUCCAAUUUAUAAACCCUCAAUAAACCCAAUUUAAAGGGCCUUGGCGGCGCGAUUUCAGUAAUCCCAAAAUAUAAUGACUUAGAGUUCAUGUUGUGGCAUUGAGAUUCUUGCCAGAAACAUUCCAUGAUGUCUAAUACUGAUGUUCAUUAGUUAUAUUACUCAGCAGGGCCUGAAAGCAGCCUUAAUCAAAACUUAACAUAUGCAUGCACACACCGGCAAACAAACACACACAGCUUCAUCUUAAAAAUGUCAAUAAGGCAGCUGUUGAAGAGGCCAAGUGUUUCUGGUCAAUCAUUACAUUUAGUUACAUUCAGACCAGAAGGAUUUGUAACAUGUUGUUAUUUUCCAGCCCCUGAAUCCGUUGUUUUGUGGGUCCUGUGUGGGAGGAGAGGAAUGUCCCCUAUAAUCUGAGGGGUUUAUGUCCACUGACCCGUUUAACUCUAUCUCCACUUCACGCCAGAGCUCUGCCGGGUUUCAUCUCCUCACCAGAGUCUGUCUGUUUCUGCCUUUUGGCCAACUUCCUUUGACCGAUCAAAGCUUGCAGGGUGUACGAGAGGGGAGGGGAAAGACUCAUGAUGAUUUCUUGUUUUAAAAGAAUUGUCACUGACACUGUUUCUCUCUCGCACAUGGAGAAAACAAACACAACUCAGCUGGGCUAGUGUUGUUGACACACCUUUCACUUCCCCAUAAGGCUGAAAGACUACGUCACUCAAAGACAAGCCGUGUCUUGUCUUCUCCGCUCCUCUUUUCCAGAACUCAAAGUGGCUUAUUAUUCAGUUUUAUGAUGCAGUUACAAAAAUGUUACGUCUCAUUUGUAUCUCAAUAUGAUAAGUGACUGAACAUAUAUAUUCUGCUUGCAUUGCUUAUAUCUUCUUUAAUCGGGAUUUUGAUGUUAAAAUGUUACUCUGCCCUCAGACAAAUUUGUCAUUGACUGAAAUAACAUUAACUGAAAUGUCCUUUACCCUAAGCAAGAUAACAGCAAAUUUGUGUGAACUUGUUUUAUAUUGAAGUUCUAUAAAGUUUGUAAAAGUGAAUCAUUGCAUAACUUUAUUUAAGGAAACAAUGUUGGAUAGUUUGUGCUCGUAUCAUCCGUCUCAAGUUUACGUGAUUGAUAUCUAUUAGGCUUUAAAUGUUACCUUUUAAAUAGUUAUCUGUGUUUCCAAUAAUUUGUUUUAUCAAUUGAAAGGAAAUAUGUGAAAUAUUUGAAUGUCCCACAGCAGACGUGAAAACCUUUGGAUUUCCGGUACAUUUCCUAAAGGGGGCAGUAUUUGAUAACAAGAUUGAACCCAAGUUUGCAACGUUUGCACACAGGUAUUGGCAGUGUAGUUCAGAGAAGAGCUUAGGUUGAUGUUGAUACAAAAUGAUUUUGUUACCUGGUAACUGGAGUUGCCAGCUGUUGAUACUUCACAAUCAUACUGCAAUAGGUGUAUCUAUAUAUAGUUUUUUACAUUAGCAACUUACAUUAUAAAAUCGUUAAGUGUUCUGAUUGAAACCAGGUUUACUGUUAAUGCAAAAUUCAACAACAUUCAAUGUCACUCAAAGACAAGGAAACACCUGAGUUGUGCUUCUUCUCUGUUCUUCUUUGGCUGUAGCACAAGUCUAUUCCUGAACAUUAACCAGGGAACAGCAGGAAUGGAGGCAGAACCCAUAUAAUUUAACACUGUGAAUGCACUUUACUCAGCGCCAUUCUUUUUUUUAUUGUGUGUGUCAAAAUCAAGGAAACUAUGUUGUCAUGGCCAGUCAUACCAAAACUGGGUUAGGAUUAGGGUAAGUUUAUCGGAAAUUUUUAUUAUUAUUAUUAUUAUUAUCAUAUAGAUAGAUGGAUGGAUAGAUAGAUUUUCAUUAACCCCAGUUCUUAUACCACUUUGUGUGUCUAACUGAACAGAGCUUUAUUAGUAACUGGAGAAAUAGAGUGACCUUCAUUGUAUGAGAGGGGAAAUCCAGUAGUAUGUUGUGCUGCUAAAGGUGAAAUGAAACUACCUUAUUUUUUUUCUGUUCAUACUGAAAUAAAGUGGAUUCACUUGG